AUGGCUCUGCUUCACGUCACCCUCUGUCUGAAACUCCUGCUGCUCACGUCUCUGCUGGCCUUCUCCCACUCAGUGAGCAGGGAGACGGGGCCUGAGGCGGUGGCUGUGGCCCCGGCGCAGGCAAAGGAGUUUCUGGGGUCUUUACGGAGGCCCAGGAGGAACAUUUGGGACCGGAGCAGACCAGAUGUGCAGCAGUGGAUCAUGCAGUUCAUGCACAUGGGCUACGAUGAAGCGAGACUGGAGACAGAUCUGUCGUACUGGAUGGACCAUUCGCGCUCCAGCGAUCAAGGCAGACAACAUCAUUAUGAUGAGAACGCUCCCAUCGGCCCCCAGGACCCCAGUUCCUACCGGCAUGGCGCCAACGUCAAUUAUGACUACUAUUAA